AUGGCUCGCCGCCGCCACGCCUGCCGCGCGCCCCAGGCCUUCAAGGACAUGUCCUUCUCGUUCGCCUGCGGCGGCUGGCUCAAGAUGUACCUCUUCGGCGUGGCCAAGGCGCUGCAGCAGUUCGAGCUGGAGAAGGACACGCGGCUCAUCGGCUGCUCGGCCGGCGCGCUGACGGCCACCGGCUUGGCGCUGGGGUGCGACUUUGACGCCAUCCGCGACUACGUGCUGGGCCACGUCAUCCCGGGCGCGCACGUGCUACCGGGCGGGUAUUUCCGCGCGCGGACGUUUCUGCUGGACACGCUCAGGGCGGAGGGCAAGCUGCACGACUUCGAGAAGCUCAAUGCGUCGCAGCAGCUCACCGUGGUCUACACGUCGCUGUCGGCGCUGGCCUCGCGCCGCCUGACGACGUUCGACUCGCAGCAGCACCUGACCGACUGCCUCAUGGCGUCCUGCUGCGCCACGCCCAUUGCCGGCAUGCCCUUUAGACUGGGCGGUGAGUGGGUCAUGGACGGCGGCAUCUUCGACUUCCAGCCGAUCUACGACGGCAACACGGUGACCGUGAGCCCGUUCUACUGCACAGGAGCAGAUAUCAAACCAUCGGCCUACGUGCCGAUGUGGUGGGCGCUAAUUCCGCCCGGGGUGCGUGAUGUGGAGUGGCUGUUCGACCUUGGCUAUGAAGAUGGCCUCAAGUGGAUCGUCAAGAAUGGACUCACCGGCGGACGGAAGGUGGCCAUCCCCAACAAGAGCGCAGAGUACGUGAGCCAGUGGAGUACGACGGUCGGCCGUGUCGUCGGGUACCGUGGCUUUGAGAGCCGCGUGCUAGACGCUCUAUUCGUUGGACUCUUCGUGUGCCUCUGGCGGCCUCUGGCUUUCCUGUGUCUGUAUCUGGAGCUGUACUUGCAGGCCAUUGUAUCGGGAAGCAAGGCCGUGGUCUUUGGAGCUGCGGCCAAGCUACUGAUCUCGAACAUUAUCAUGGCUGCGCUGGCCAUCGCAGUCGCAACACAAGGACUACAAGACACGAUGCUGUUCCUGCUGGGUCUGUCGGCGACGGGGUUCUUUCUGGGCGGCAUGGUGCUGUUGGUCGGCGGUCUGCAGCAGGCAGGGGCUGUUGCAUCAGCCGAUUGGCAACGCUGUCGCUCCUAUAUGCGGAGCAUUACGAGUCUGUCGCUCUUCCUGCACUGCAUGCCCGUGGUGGGCUCCUCGGUGCAGAUUAAGCGCCACGAGUUCCUUCUGCAGCACUCGCUGGUCUACCGGAUCGCCAUGCACUGCAUGUAG